AUGCUUCAGUUGUUCAGCGCAGAGGUGAUACCACGAAAUAUUUCACAAAGUACUGGGCUCUUGAAUGAAAGUUCUGUGUCAUCUCCGAUCGUGAAGGGUGAGCAACUGAAGGGUAAGACUCGUAAAGUGACAAUGACAACAAAAAUCGAUGUACUCAAACAGCAAAAGCGUUCAGUUGGUUUGAAAACUCUCUUGGGACUUCUUCAAUCGUAUUAUACGACUUCAUUCGUUUCACUCUCACCUUCAAUCAUUGCGCUCUUCCCGUUGAUCACUCACCUGGCAAAUGAGGAAACUGCCGACAAUGAGGAAGUUCAAGAGGUUCGUGAUGCUGACCUCGCCGUCGCAUCCAGCGAACUCCUGUUCCAAACCUGGUCUGGAAUCUAUCUAAGUGAAGCUUUAGCAGACCUAAUGUUGCAAACAGUUCAAAUGACAAUGACAAAAAGUGACAGUUGGCGUGCCUGGGUUUCCAUUUUAAGAUUUCUGCAAGUUUUCGUCUUCUCAAAUAUCUACGUUUGUGAGCUCAACAACCGACCUGCUCUGAUAAGGAGUUUAGUCGAAAAGGCAUUGUGUCAUAGUCGUAAUGAAGUACGGAUUGAAGCUGCUGAAUGUUUUACGUCAUUCAUUCACUGUGGCCAUCAGAUGAUCCAACGGAACGACAUCGAUGAAGCCCUCAAAUUGACCACUAGUGAAAGACUAGCUGAAAGACACGGUGCUGUAUUGAAGUUGUCAUCCGUGAUUCGAGCGUAUCCCUUCACUAUACCACCAAUGAUAGCACAACUCAUUCUCGACUAUUGUAAAACCAGCACGAUCACUGAGACACUACGUUCGUUUCUACGAACACAUCACGAUAAACUAGCCGAACGUUGUGAACGAGAUUCGGCCAAGAUGAUCACUGACGCCAUCUACAACGUUAUCUCUCCAAACUAUUAUGUUUAG